AUGCCUCCCCCAAGCACCAUACCCAGAUUUCUUCUACCGCGCCGGUCUCCCCUCUGGUCUCUAUCUACCAAAACGACCAUUCGCAAUGCUUCCUCCAAAUCUAAGAAUAAUACAUCCAAACAGUCUGGCAAACCCCUCGUUCUUGAGAAGCCCACCAAAUUCAAUCCCCCUUCUCAUCCUGCCCGUAUUCGCAAAGAUCCUCCUCGGUAUCCAGGUCCCCAAUUGAGCGCCGAAGAGAUAGCUAGACAGAGUGGCACGCUCUCCACUCUUGCAGGAGGUGUCUGGAUAACAAACUUCAAGCGCGAUUCUCCAUUCGGAGACAUGUUACCAGAAUGGCAGCUAUUAUUUCUCCAUCCGAUAGCAUUUACAAGAACAUGUUAUGAAGUUUUACAGCUGCAUACUGCGCAUGUGACAGCGGAGACAAUGGAAAGGAGAAAGCAUAAGGUAGAGGAUGUUGCGAAAAGAGCUGCAUAUAGAAAGGCGCAUGGAUUGGAUAAGGAUCAAGGGUAUCAAGUUGGGAGAUGA